CUAAAGUCGCUAUAACAGGUUUUCAACAUCCUGAAUGCAUUUAUAGUUGAAACGAAGAAUGAUUGAAACACAAAAUGAAUCAAAUUAAUUGUGUGAUUGUAACCAUUCUAUAUUGUUUCGGAGUAACUGUGAAAGGUCUGGGAGUUUUCGUUUCACACAAUGAAACGAAAUGGGACGAGUCUACAUGUAAUUUGGCGAAACCAGAUAUAAUUUGCAGUGGUGAUGGUUCUUGCGUUAUUGAAAAUGGUUUAGAAUUUCUUAACAAUAUUAAAGUUCCAGACAAUGGUAUAUGGAUCGGAUUUACCAAGGCAUGGAUAAGUUAUGCUUAUGUUGGAUGUAACCAAGUGAAUGUUGGAGUCGAAUAUUCUGUUUCAACUCUUGGGGAAUGUAGACGUACAACAGGUUGCCAAACGUUCGGAAUCAGAAAUUCAACAGAGGGAUUAAGAUGUAAGUGUGCCAGUAAUAGCCAGGUUUUUUCGGGAACAUGUAGAAGAAAAUGCGAAGAAGCGGAUCAAUAUCCUUGUGGUGACACUACCGACACAACAAUGUUCUCAAUUUAUACGGUGGAAAAUGUUCCUCCUAACAACCAUUCACAGGACAAUGAAGCAAACUGUCUAGUGUUUUAUUAUGCAUAUGGCGGACAGGGACAUGAUUUUUAUUGGAAGUCAUGCAAUUUAUUCUCCACUCCAACGCUAUUAUGCAGCGGCACAAACUUUUCAGAUCAAAACCAAAUGGCGCAACGAUAUCAUGAUAGUAAUCAAAGAUGGGCUUUGGCUGUUGACCACUGCUUUGUUAGAGAACGAUUCCCAGUGACGAUACGAAGUAUUAAAAAUGCGAAGUUCACAAUUCAGAACACAAAUGACUACUGGACAGGCAUAAUUAAAAAAGAAUCAAUUAUAUCUUCGAACUACAAAGCAGAUUAUAGCAUCAAUCCACCUGUGACGUAUGCAUAUGUAGAGCAGAUAAACCAGACCUUCAAAGUCAGAUUUUCUAAUAAAGUUGAAUCGAAAAAAAGUUUGUGUGCAGGAGGUAAAGGAUCAACAGUAGGUCUCGCCGCUGGUCUGUCCAUUUCUGUUGCAUUGCUUUUCGUUGCCAUGAUUAUUGUGCUGCUGUUCCUGAGAAAGAGGGGACUUCUACCAAAGUUAUGCAAACAUAAUGAUGACAAAAACAGUAAUACUGCAGACACUGCGACAGAAGUAUCAUUCGUAUCAACAUCGAUAUGUGAAUCUACUACAAACACAAUGCAGGACUUAACAGCCUCAAAUCAUUCUUACUUUGUGCUUGAGAAAACAUUUGAAAUAACAAACAAAGACGAGACCGAUCAUUAUGCAGAACCAGAUAUAUCCGAUGCUGACCAUCAUGAUUCGACGAAAACGUUGCAGAAAAAUACUGAUAACAACUACGACACAAUCAAUAGCGAAAAACCAUCCGCUAUGCCUGGAUUGACUAAGCUCAAUAACACUUACAACAAAGUAACUUUACAUCAAACUGAUGAGUACGAUCAUGUUCAUCUUAAUGGAAGGCAGACCAAGGACGACAGACAUACUGAAAAUGAAUACGAUCUAUCGAGUAACGUUAUCGAUGGCAGACGAGAUAAAGGUUAUGAUGAUAACAGUGACACCUAUAACCGUUGA